AUGCAGAUCAACCCUGGUCGAACGAACCACCUGAAAACCUUCAAAGAUAUGCAGAGAAACUCAGAAUCGCUGAAAAAUGUGAACUCCCGUGUGUUGAUUGGAGCCCCUCCCAUGGAGAAAAAACUGCUGACCAUAGGGAUUUCCUCCGUGCAGCGUCCACGCGGGAGCUACCUCUUGAACACUCUGCGAUCGCUCUUCUUUGCUUCCUCCCCAGCCGAGCGGAAACACUUCAUUGUUCUAGUGCACCUGGCAGAUCCUGACCCCAACUGGCUUGAUCAAAUGAUCACCAACAUCUCAGCCCUCUUUAAACCAUAUAUCCAGGCCAGACAGCUAGUAGUGAUCAAUACUCCUCUUAAAAGCUACCUUCCCUUGAAGGACUUUAAGAAAAACUUUAACGACACCCCUGCCUAUGUAGCUUUCCGCUCGAAGCAGAACAUGGAUUACGCCUUCCUCAUGAACUUUGCUACCAACCGUUCUGACUAUUUCCUGAUGAUUGAAGAUGACGUGAAAUGUGCCUCUGGAUUUCUCACCCAAAUUGCUACUAUCCUGUCUGCGUGGGAAAGGAAACCUUGGGUGACUCUGGAGUUCUCUCAGCUGGGCUUCAUUGGAAAACUCUUGCAUACUGGAGACCUCCCCUGCUUGGUUCGCUUCCUUCUCCUCUUCCACCAAGAAAUGCCCUGUGACCACCUUCUCUCCCAUUUUCGUGACCUUCGCAUGCAGCAAAAACCAAUCCGAUUCUUCCCCUCCCUCUUCCAGCACAUGGGCAAUUACUCCUCCUUUGAGGGCAAAUUCAACAGCCUCAAAGAUACACAGUUUGAGGAAACUGACAUGGUCUCUCCCAGCAACCCUGCUGCCACUAUUUACACUAGCCUGAAUGUUACCAACGCCUCUGGUCUCAUGAAUGCCUAUAGCUUGGAUAAGAAUUUCUUUUAUAUCAAGGAGGCUAAGGCUGGCAGCCAUCUGACCGUGUUUUUGGACAUAGCUGCUACAGUCUUCCGAGUUCAAGUGCUGACUGGCUCUGAACUAAAAGAGGAGAAUCGGUUGAAAGAGGGGCAAGUAGAAUUGGGCUAUGAUUCUACUAAUAGGGUCAGUGACUGUGAUGACUAUAUUCUGCUGGGGCUACUAGUAAAUGGCAACCUGAAUAAGCAG